UGUAGGCAGCUUCUUUCCUGAUCUUGUUUGCUAGUAUUUUUAUUUUUAUUUUUUUUGUAUUCUGGAGUUGAGGAAUUCUCCAUCACCGCCCUGUCAACGCCUUGGUAGUGUUUACAAAAUGAUGGCACCAGCAAGGUAAAGACUUUUUUCAACCCAGGCUCCUAAUAGGUAAAUAAGCUUUGUUUGUGAGUUACGUAUAUGAAUCCUACGACGAUUGUAGCUUAUAGUAUCCUUUAGAGGCCAGUGGUAAAGAUAGCUCGUACAAAAUGAUUGAUGUAACAAAAUGUGUGGUUGCAUAGGUCUUUAUGUAUUCCCUUCAAAGAUCUCCCUUUUAAAACUUAGCAACACAUGUACUGACUCUUCCAAAAACCUUUUCUGUAAUCUAAUAUAAGUUUGCAAAUUAAAGUAUAGAUUGUUUUAAUAAUUUUGUAUCUAUAAUUUGUGGGCGCUAUUACUCAAAUAUUUGUUCUGCCUUUUUAAAACUGAAAAUUCCUGCUUUUAAGACCCUCAACUGAUUUUAGACACGUGAUUCUUUUAACAAACAGCCAAUGGCUGAAGACUAGUUCCCAGACUCGAGUGUGCGGUUGACGGGUUUUGGGGGGCGUUUGCUUCUCAGAGGACGGCUGCAGGAAACAUGUUAGACUGUCGAACGGAUAGCUGUGAGUCACCUGCCCUCAACAUGGAUAUUGGAGGACUGACCACAGUGGUGGCUAACUCUGCUUACAUCAAUGCUCGUGGAAGCAUCGAUGGCACCAGUACUGCAGCAUCGCGGGAUAAGAAGUACCAUUCUCGCCUCAAACUGCCCCACAUCACUGUGUGCGAGGACCUGAGGGAUACCCUGGAUUUGGCCUUUGACACCGUCUGCGUGGAACAGCCUAUAGGCAAACGCCUCUUUAAGGAGUUCUUGGAUUCGAACACGGAGCAUCACGGGGCUUGCCGAUUGUGGAAAGACAUCGAGGCGUACGACCUGGCGGAGGACUCCGACCGAGCAAAGAAGGCCUCCAAGAUCGUCGAGCGCUACAUGGACCCCUCGGCCAAACACUACUGCUCGUUCCUGUCUGAGGACGUCAUGGCUAAGGUGAAGGAAAACCAGGGGGCUGCUGGCGACGAUUUGUUUGCUGCAGCGAUGGCCUCGACGCUGGACUUUCUGCGAGAGGAACCCUACACGAUGUUCCUGGAGAGCUUGUUUAUGAAAAGGUAUCUGCAGUGGAAGUGGCUGGAGAUGCAGCCCAUGGACGCAGACUGGUUCCUAGACUUCCGUGUGCUGGGGAAAGGUGGCUUUGGGGAGGUGUCAGCCUGUCAGAUGAAAGCCACAGGAAAAUUGUAUGCCUGUAAGAAACUCAACAAGAAGCGGCUGAAGAAGAGGAAAGGCUAUGAGGGUGCGAUGGUGGAGAAGCGGAUUCUUGAGAAGGUUCACAGUCGCUUCAUUGUGUCUUUGGCGUACGCCUUUCAGACAAAGGAAGAACUUUGUCUGGUCAUGACCAUCAUGAAUGGAGGAGAUCUCAAGUACCACAUCUACCUGGUGGAUGAGAACAACCCGGGGUUUGAGGAGACGAGAGCCUGUUUUUACAUCGCUCAGAUCAUCCAAGGCUUGGAGCACCUCAAUCAGAAAAGAAUAAUCUACAGGGAUCUCAAACCAGAAAAUGUGCUCCUCGAUAACGACGGAAAUGUGCGCAUAUCUGAUCUGGGCCUUGCUGUGGAGCUAAAAGAAGGAAAAACACAGACCAAAGGAUAUGCCGGGACUCCAGGGUACAUGGCUCCAGAGAUGCUGAAAGGAGAGAAGUAUGACUUUUCAGUCGACUACUUCACCCUGGGAGUGACGCUGUAUGAGUUCAUGGCGGCUAAGAACCCCUUCAGAAACAGGGGGGAGAAGGUUGAACGUGAUGAGAUGAAAGAGCGCAUGCUCACCAGAGUUGUUACCUAUCCGGAUAAUUUCAGUGAGCAUGCAAAGGCGCUCUGUGAUGGGCUGCUGGCUAAAGAGGUUGAUCAGAGGAUGAGUUUUAAGAACGAAUGCUGUGAUGAGAUCAGAGCUCAUCCAUUUUUCAAGGACAUCAACUGGAGGAAACUGAAUGCCGGUAUUCUGCCUCCACCCUUCGUCCCCGACCCUAAAGUGGUGUACGCCAAGAGUCUGGAUGACGUCGGGGCUUUCUCCUCGGUGAAGGGAGUGGGAUUGGACGACUCCGACAAGACCAUUUUUGAUGAGUUUUCCUCAGGCAACAUUGCGAUUCCCUGGCAGGAGGAGAUGAUCGAAACGGGCAUUUACGGAGAGCUCAACGUUUGGGGUCCUCGCGGCGGCGUCCCCAACGAUCUCCGCAGAGAGUCCAUCCUAGAGCAGCCAAAGUCAUCGACCUGCUGCAUAUCCUAGUCAUUGAAACACCUUGAAAACACAUAAACCAUACAUACACACAUGUGCUUCUAUGGAGUGUAUGCCAUUUAAUAUAAAGGGCUUUUCUUGAGUUUACGCUCCUUAGUUUUUAACAACAGCUUAAUGAACUUCUGCUAUUAAAAUACCAAAAGUUGCACUGCCAGAUGUUUCAUAAUGGUUGACAAAGAUAAACCAGAGCAAAUAAGUUAUUUUGGUCAGGGUGUCAUGAGUCAAAUCUGAUUCGGUUUACAACAAAACAUUUUAUUUAAAAGAAACAAAAACAUUGUUGAAUGAAUCAGAAAUCAACUGUAUGAAAAAGUGCUGGCAAAUAAAAGAGCUUAUUGAAAGUAGAAUGAGCUUCAUUUCUGCCUGCUGUUUGGAUGUGGGUCUGACUGUCCUCCCCCACAAAAUAUUGAGGGUCAAACACUGCAUUCUUAGAAUUUGACAGGGUCAUAAAUCCUGUCAACUAUCUCUCAAUGAGGAAGUGAAUACCCACAUUUUCCAAAAUAUCAAACUAUUCCUUCACAGUGCUAGCGUUGGACUUUCCUGAAAAUAUUCAGAAUAAAAGGGAGUACCAUAAGCUUCUCUGGCAUUGUGUAUUGCU